UUUAAUUACAGUUUAAAAAAGAAACUCUAUUGUUUACAAAAAGUCCUGCAAUUUUCAUCAAAGCAGAUAUUUUUCCAGAGCUGGUGCGGAAUAACUCGUCCGGAAGCAGCAAUUGAUUCCCUGAUUUCGGACAACCACAGUCCGGAUCAGUAUCGGGUCAACAUCGUGCUCGGCAAUCAAAAUGAAUUCUUGAAAGCCUUCAAUUGUCCAUCGGAAUCCGACAUGUACCCCCAACAUCAGUGUCAAGUGUGGUGA